AUGCAGGGCUGCCCCACCCCGAAACCAGGAGUCUUGAACGUUCACCUCGUCUCACACAGUCACGAUGACCUGGGUUGGUUGAAGACCGUGGAUCAGUACUACUACGGAGCAAACAACACGAUCCAGCGAGCAGGAGUACAAUACAUCCUGGAUUCUGUGAUGGAGGAGCUGUUCCGAGACCCGGUGAAGCGAUUCAUCCAGGUGGAGACCGGCUUCUUCGCGAUGUGGUGGGCGGAACAGAGCGAGGAGAUGAAGGAGAAGGUUCGCGUCCUCAUCGAGGAGGGACGGCUGGAGUUCAUCGGGGGAGGAUGGAGUAUGAACGACGAGGCGACAGCGCAUUACUCGUCCAUCAUUGACAAUGUUGCCUGGGGGAUGAGACGUGCACCGAAUCGUCUUAGGUACCUGGCAGAGGAAUUCGGGACAUGCGGUCGACCCAGGGUCGCCUGGCAGAUCGACCCCUUCGGACACUCCAGGGAGCAAGCAGCGAUAUUCGCCGGAAUGGGCUUCGACGGCCUCUUCUUCGGACGCCUCGACUACCGCGAUAAGGAGCAGAGGGUCGCCAACAAGACGAUGGAAAUCGUCUGGCACGGCACCGAGGACUUCGUCAAUGACCCGACGCGGGACCUGUUCACGGGAGUGCUGUUUAAUCACUACAGUCCCCCGCCGGGAUUUUGCUUCGAUAUCCUCUGCGACGAUGUCAUCAUCGACAACCCGCGAUCUCCGGGCUACAACGUCCCCAGCAAGGUGGACGAAUUCGUGACAUGGGCAGAAAAGGCAUCCGCGGGAUUCAGGACCAAGCACGUCAUGGCGACGAUGGGGAACGAUUUCAAUUACCAGGACGCCCACGUCUGGUACAAGAACUUGGACAAGCUCAUCAAGUACGUGAACGAGCAGCGAGGCGACACGGUGCACCUGCUGUAUUCGACCCCGAGCUGCUACCUCAAGUCGAUCCAGGAAGACUCGUCGGUGCAGUGGCCGGAGAAGAUGGACGACUUCUUCCCUUACGCGUCGGAUAAUAAUUCGUACUGGACGGGGUACUUCUCGUCCAGGCCGACGUUCAAGAGGUUCAUUCGCACGAGCGACCUCUUCCUGCAGGUGGUUGCUUCGAUGGGGAAGCAGCUGGGCAGCGCGUUCCCGUCCCCGGGAUCCGAAGAGAACCUGUCGCAGAUGAGAGAGGUGAUGGGGGUGAACAUGCACCACGACGCGGUGACGGGCACCGCCAAGCAGCACGUCACCGAUGACUACUACCGGCUCAUUUCGCUCGGUCUCGACGCCACCUGGACUGUUGUGCGAGACGCCCUCAAGUCUAUGAUGGGAGGAGGGGGGACAUUGGAGAUGUCGCACUGCCCGUUCCUCAACAUUUCGUCGUGCGAAGUGUCGGAGAACGAGAAUACUCUGAUCCUGACGCUGUACAAUCCGCUGGGCCGGCCUCGGAUGUCGAAGCGGGAACGCCAUCCAUCACGUCAUCUAUGCGAAAUGACCCCCUCUGGCCACGUCCUCCCAUCGGACGGCCUGACCCCCUUCCCAUAUGUAUACCCUGCACUCACGCAUCCCCCCUCUCGGUGCAUCUUGGAUGUCGCCCGCAUCGAUCCGUUUCGCCCGGAUCAGGCUCGUGAAUCCUGGGUGCCCGGGACCAUCAUGGAAAUGGACCAUUUCGGGAAGCAGCUGGGCAGCGCGUUCCCGUCCCCGGGAUCCGAAGAGAACCUGUCGCAGAUGAGAGAGGUGAUGGGGGUGAACAUGCACCACGACGCGGUGACGGGCACCGCCAAGCAGCACGUCACCGAUGACUACUACCGGCUCAUUUCGCUCGGUCUCGACGCCACCUGGACUGUUGUGCGAGACGCCCUCAAGUCUAUGAUGGGAGGAGGGGGGACAUUGGAGAUGUCGCACUGCCCGUUCCUCAACAUUUCGUCGUGCGAAGUGUCGGAGAACGAGAAUACUCUGAUCCUGACGCUGUACAAUCCGCUGGGCCGGCCUCGGUCGCAUCCCGCGAGGGUCCCAGUGCCUCCCGCCGGGGGCGGGGAUGCUCCCGUGUACCACGUCUACGAUCACACAGGGGCGGAGUUGACGGUGGACGUGAUGCCGAUUCCUGGCCCGGUUCUGACCGUUCCCGGGAGGAGCAGUUCCGCCAAAUUCGAAUUGGUUUUCCUCGCUUCCUUGCCUCCGAUGGGAUUCGCCAAUUUCUACAUCACUCGGGCGGGUUCGAAGUCGAAGUCGGGAGUCGUGCGGAAGACGGAGAUCUUGGACGACGAUGCCGCGGAUUUCACGCUUUCCAAUUCCGAGGUUUCGGUGACGUUCAACGGGGAGACGAGGAUGACGAAAGGGAUGAAACGAAGAGACACGAGGAGAGGAUUCACGCAGGAACUCCUCUAUUAUAACUCGAUGGAAGGAAAUAAUUCGGAGGCUCAAUUCCGCGCUUCCGGAGCCUACAUCUUGCGACCCAACGGAACGGAUCCCGUCUCCCCGGGGAAAGCCAGUCGAACCAUCGUCUAUCGAGGGGAUGUGGUGGAGGAAGUCCACCAAGAAUACGGGAGCUGGCUGAGCCAGGUGGUCCGUCUGUACGGAUCCAGUCCCUGGUUGGAGGUGAAAUGGCUCGUCGGACCCAUCCCCUUCCAAGACGGAGUGGGAAAGGAAGUAAUAAACCGAAUGUGCCUGGACAUGGCUACGGGAGGGAAAUUCCACACGGACUCCAACGGGAGGGAGAGCCUAACGAGGACGAGAGACACGAGAGAGAGUUUCACGUUGGGGGAGGAGUUCGAGCCCGUGGCGGGGAAUUAUUACCCCAUCAACAGCCGACUCUUCCUUCGGGACGAGGCGCAAGGGACGCAGUUCACGGUGCUCACGGACAGGGCGCAGGGUGGAGGGAGCAUCCACGACGGGGAGCUGGAGCUCAUGAUACACCGACGCUGCCUCUACGACGAUGCGUUCGGAGUGGAAGAGGCGUUGAACGAGACGGCCCACGGAGAAGGUCUCGUGGCUUCAGGUUCUCAUUACGCCCUCCUUUCGGAAUUGAGCGAAGGAAUGGGCGUGAUAAAGGAGGAGGAGAAGCGAAUCUUCUACGAACCCCUUCCUAUCUUUUCCCCGACCACCAUGACCCUCCAGGACUUCACUUCUGCCCCAAUGAACCAAAGGUCUCUCCUCAAGACUGCAUUGCCUGAGGGCAUCAACUUGCUCACCCUUGAGAAUUGGAGAGGAGGUUCUCUGUUGCUGCGGUUGGAACACUUCGUGGAAAGAAAAGAAAACGGACAACCAGUGACGUUGGACAUCAAAGAUCUGUUCGUGGACCUUGAUGUGGUGUCGGUGGAGGAAGUAACGUUGGAUGGGAACAAACCACUUGAUAGCACAAAGAGGCUGUGUUGGAAGACUGCACAUCAGCCUUGCAGUGGUGCAGAGGAAAAACUCGAGACAAAUCCAGACACAGAGAGGCUCAACACAGUUGUGACUUUGGAGCCUAUGACUAUUCGCUCCUUCCUGUUGGAAACGGCCGCUUCAAAUGCCAUCAAACCGUGAUCUCUGAGCUCAUGCUUUCAUCCCCUGUAACCUAUUUUCAUCAGCACAAAUAUACAAUAUUCUAGGACUGGGAACUCGACUUUCAAUGCAAUUGAAAAUUGUGAUGCAACAGAACAAUAAAAAAGGCAGA